AUGGAAUUGGUGCCAACCUUUUUCUUGAGUACUGUAUAUGAAGCUAUUUGGAUUGAUGGUGAUAUAUUGAAUUGGAACCACGAAAAAGGUGAAUGGAUGAGAUUCGGUCAGAAAAAAGUCGUUUUAAAAACAUUGGAAAAAAUUACGAUAGAUGAAGGAUUGUUUGAUGAGAUAGAAAAAUGUUUGGCAAGAUUGGAAUUUGACGAAUGUACAAAUUUAAAUCUUUAUUUUGGGUUUACACAAAAUCCGAAAACAAAAAUAUAUAUGAUAGUAAUGGAUUAUGCACCUGAUGGAAAUUUACAUCAAUUUAUUAAGUCAUCAAGCUAUUAUAAGAAUAUAAGUUGGUUUGACAAAAUAAGCUUGUUGUAUAAUAUUUCAUUUGGAUUAAAGGAAUUACAUGAUAUUAAUAUAGUUCAUGGUAAUUUACAUCCUGGAAAUAUAUUACAACAUUAUAUGGUACCAAAAAUUAGUGAUUAUGGUUUAUUUAAAAAUGUUUCUAGGCAAAUUUUAAAUAAUUUUUUGGAAACUUAUCAUGGAUUUAUUCAAAAUGUAGACGAAAUAAAAGAUGAUGAAGGUGGUAGUGGUAAAGGUGGAAGAACUCCAAAAUCUUUAUUAGAUUUAAUGAAACGUUGUUGGGAUAAAAAUCCUGAUAAUAGACCAAGCGCUUUUGAUCUGUGUAGAGAAUUUUCGAAAUUUGAAUGGUGGACUAUAGAUCAAAGAAUUAAAAAAUACAAUCAUGAUGACGGUGAUGGUGAUGAAAAUAUUUACAAUAUUAAAAAUAAUAUCAGCGACAACAGCAAUAGAAAUAUUUUGUUAAAAAAAUCUUAUGAUAAAAAGAUUCAUUAUGAAAUUCAUCCUAAGGCUUGCUAUUACAGCAAAUUAUAUAUAUACAACAAUAUUUUAGAUUUUAUUAACAACAAUGAUUUAAGUAACAAAAAAGAUGAAUAUUACAAUCGUGUCAUUUCAAAUUUUAAUCAUUCCUACAAAG